CGGCGCCACAACCCUGCUCGUGGACGUAGGAGGCGUCUCGUUGGCGUUGGACUGGCGCGUCGGCGCCGCCCUCUAACGAGCCGUCACCGUCGGCCGCCGGCACGCCGCUGCGCUACUCCACCCUCACCGACGCCGUUGGCCACAGCAGCAGCUCAGAGCCGAGCGCUCCUCCUUAAUCCGCCUUGGUGCAAGAACAUGGCGUGCAGGGCGAGAGGGGACGUGGACAAGCUCCUCCCGGUCAUCUCCUUCUUCCUCGGCGCGGCGUUGACGGCGGCAUUCGUUUUCCUCGGCGCAACUCUGGAUGUGAACUGGCGGCUCUCCGAGCUGGCCGCAUGGGGCAAUGGAGCUCAGCCGGCGGCCAGAGACGAGGUGAAACCGUUUGCAGAGCUGGCUCAGCUGCUGAAGAACGCAUCAAUGGAGGACAAGACGGUCAUAGUCACGUCCAUCAACCAGGCCUACGCCGCGCCGGGCUCCCUCCUGGACCUCUUCCUCGAGAGCUUCCGGCUCGGCGAGGGCACGCCGCGGCUGCUGGACCACGUCCUCAUAGUGGCCGUCGACCCCGCCGCGCUCGAGACGUGCCUGUCGGUGCACCGCCACUGCUACCUCCUCCGGCCGGAGGGCGCCGUGGACUACAGCGGCGAGAAGUUCUUCAUGACCAAGGACUACCUCGACAUGAUGUGGGCCAGGAACCGGUUCCAACAGACCAUCCUCGAGCUCGGCUUCAACUUCCUCUUCACGGACAUUGACAUCAUGUGGUUCCGGAACCCAAUGCGGCACAUCGCGAUCACGUCGGACAUCGCCAUCGCCAGCGACUACUUCGACGGCGACCCGGACAGCCUGCGCAACCACCCCAACGGCGGCUUCCUGUACGUCAGGUCCAUGAACCGGACGAUAGAGUUCUACCGGCAAUGGCGGAUGGCGCGCGACCGGUUCCCGGCGGGGACUAACGAGCAGCAAAUCCUGGGGCGGGUGCAGGGCCAGCUGACCCGGCGGCUCGGCGUGCGGCUGCAGUUCCUCGACACGGCGCACUGCGGCGGCUUCUGCCAGCUGAGCGGCGACCUGCGCAGGGUGUCCACGAUGCACGCCAACUGCUGCACCGGCCUCGCCAACAAGGUGCACGACCUCAGGAACGUGCUGCAGGACUGGCGGAACUACACGGCGGCGCCACCGGCGGUCAGGCGCCGGGGAGGGUUCCGCUGGACGAAGCCCGGCAAAUGCAUCCACUGACAGACACGUGAAUGCAGCAGCUGUCAGUGCCUGACUCGUGAUGCUUUGCAUGCGUUUCCUUUUUUGUGAGCAAUGGCUGGUUUGGAUUCAUGUUUGACCA